GGUUAUCUACUCGAAGGUCACCAAUCUCCGUGAUUCCGUGUCACUCCAUGUGGCGGUGAAACACGCAGUUUCCCUCAAGUCCUGUCAGACUGAUUAGGUUGUGCGACAAAAAACAAUUAAAAAUAGUUAUCCCUGCACUCGACCAAAAUGGUACUCGAUCUCGACCUGUUCCGCGAAGAUAAGGGCUUCGAUCCCAAUAAAAUCCGGGAGAAUCAGACGAAGCGGUUCAAAGAUGUUGGACUCGUGGAGACCGUCAUCGAGAAGGAUAAAUUCUGGAGGCAGCUGCGACACCGGGCCGACAAUUUGAAUAAACUCAAAAAUGUAUGCAGCAAGGAAAUCGGUGAAAAGAUGAAGAAAAAAGAGCCGGUUGGCGACGACGCAACAGUGCCGGAGGAUCUCAGUUCGAAUCUCGAUGGCAUCACCUCGGAUAACCUGAAAGCUCUCACUGUGACUCAGAUAAAAGCCAUUCGGGGUUUGAUUGAUGAUGCAAUUGUCAACAAUAAUGACGAUUUGAUAAAGGUCGAGGGUGAGAGGAAUUCGGCACUCAGGGAAGUUGGGAAUCAUUUGGAUCUUACUGUGCCUGUUAGCAAUGAUGAGGAUGAGAAUAAGGUGGAACGAGUAUUUGGAGACUGCACCGAGAGGAAAAAAUACUCUCACGUGGACUUAAUUCACAUGAUAGACGGGAUGGACGCAGAACGAGGGGCGGCAGUGGCUGGAGCUCGAGGAUAUUUCCUGACAGGACCUGCAGUCUUCCUGGAGCACGCACUGAUCCAAUACGCCCUGAGGAAAUUAUUCGAAAAGGGUUAUAAACCACUUUACACUCCAUUCUUCAUGAAGAAAGACGCUAUGCAGGAGGUGGCCCAGCUUGCUCAGUUCGACGAGGAGCUGUACAAGGUGAUCGGCAAGGGGAGUGAGAAGGCCGACGAGAAAGAGUCUGAGGAGAAAUACUUAAUCGCGACUUCGGAGCAACCGAUUGCCGCUUAUCAUCGAAAUGAGUGGAUCCCUGAGGCUUCAUUGCCUAUCAGGUACGCUGGGCUCUCGACGUGCUUCAGGCAGGAAGUCGGAUCCCAUGGAAGAGAUACUAGAGGAAUUUUCAGAGUUCAUCAAUUCGAAAAGGUAGAACAAUUCUGCAUCACUUCGCCCCACGACAAUAAAUCCUGGGAGAUGAUGGAUGAAAUGAUAAAGAAUGCUGAGGACUUUUAUCAGGAUCUCAAUAUUCCGUAUAGAAUCGUUAACAUUGUGUCAGGUGCACUGAAUCAUGCUGCAUCCAAGAAACUCGACUUAGAGGCUUGGUUCCCAGGCUCCGCUGCUUUUCGUGAAUUGGUUUCCUGCAGUAAUUGCCUUGAUUAUCAAGCUAGACGUCUUCUAGUCAGAUAUGGACAGACUAAAAAAAUGAAUGCCUCAGUGGAUUAUGUGCACAUGCUGAAUGCAACCAUGUGUGCAGUAACGCGUGUUAUUUGUGCGAUUCUCGAGGUUCAUCAAACAGAGACUGGGAUAAAAGUACCGAAAGCAAUUUCGGCAUUCAUGCCACAGCAGUAUCAAGAGGAGAUUCCAUUUGUCAAGCCUGCACCGAUUGAGGAGGCCGAGAUGAAGAAACAGAAGAAGCAAAAGGAGAACAUGAAUAAAGCAUGAUCGAACUACUUUACAUUCUCUGUCAAGCAUUUAUACCUAAUUUUUUUUAAUGCAUUUUGAGGGCUAAUAAAGCUUCAGGACUCUGCUAACGGUA